AUGGAGGUCACCGAUCUACGGGCUGAGCGGGACCAGGCGCAAGAGAGAUUGUUUAGUAUCGCUUCUCUUCUCCCUUCUGCUUUGGGCCACAAACGAGCACGCUCCGAGUCUGAUUCUCCAGCCCAGUCAGCUCGAGUUUCCAAGGCCGCUCGAUCGACUUCAGGUCCUUUCCCGGCUGGCGCUUUGAGUCAGGGCCCUGCGUCCAGAUCUUUGAUCGUAGGAUUGUCUGCUGUGGCUGCCGGCCAGAAAUCUGAGGGGCCGGCAUCGUCUCCUCCGUUUGCUGGCCCUCCUGAUCAUCUUCCUCGAUCUGCUCGAUCGACCGCCAUGGGUGGCAGCGGGGGUGCUUCGUCUUCGCCUGCAGCUUCCGAUGUUCCGAUGGUGGCGAGAGCUCUUCCGGCAUAUCCAGUUCUACUCGUGGGAAGCGACAGUAGUUCUCCGGAGUUGAGUCGCGCUAAGGACCAGUUUGGAAUGCCGUCCGGUCCUCUAUCGGACGCUGAGCUGGCGGAUCUACCGUCUACCACGGUUCCCCGGUCGGAGUGGAUCCCCGGUUAUCGUGACCGUCGUAACUUCCGCAGUCAUGAUAUCGUCCCCUGGUCUGCGCAGGAUAUUCGUUAG